CUAGAGAGAUUCUUUACCGAAGAUUGAAUAUUCGCAAGUGGAUCGAAUACUUGCGAUUGUCUCUUGCAUUUCAAUAUUUUAAAGUAUUCGACACUGUAGAGGAAAAUGAUUGCCAGACAGAUUAUUAGAAAUGUUAUGACUUCGGCGGUCCGUGCGGCUCAUCAUCAAAGCGGUGGAAUUCCUGGAUCGAAUCUACCGUUCAGCAUUACGAAUAGAUAUAAGUUAACGGCAUAUUUCAUCCUCUUCUUCGGUAGCGGAUUCGCCUUACCCUUUAUUGCUGUACGCUACCAGAUGCUGAAGUAAAUAAUAUAACGACCCAGUAAUUCCAGCAGAGUGCGAGCACAUCCUAAGUACUGUCACUGGCUAAAAGAAGGAAUAUUAUAAAAAUUAAUACAAUUUGUAAUGAAUUCGGCCCAUUUUUUAAGAAGCUGUGUACUGAGGAGAAGUUACAUACUCAGUUGUGCUCGUGUACACCUAAAAGUAGAUCCAGUUUAUUAAUAAUGUAUAUCACAUGCGCAUACCAAUGUACAAUUACUAUCAGAAUAUAAUUAGCCCUUAAAGAUGAAGCUCUA